UUCGAAGGCUGCUCACGGCUCAAUCGUGAAUUCGUUCGUACAAAAUGAAGACGUAUUUAGUGAUAUUUUUAAUUUUAACUUUUACAAGUUUUAUGUGUUCAGUGAUUUGUGAAACUUUCCCGCAAGAAGAAAAUGUUCAACCUCACGAUGACCAGCCAAAACCAGUACAGAUAUAUGACUUGAAUAAAGCUCCAGAACUGUUUGAUAAAUUUAUAAAAGAUUAUGACAAACAUUAUAAAGAUGAAGAAGAGCAUGAAAAACGCUACUAUAUUUUUGUGGACAAUUUGCAACAUAUUAAUGAAGUAAACUCAAAGAGUCGUUCAUACACUAAUGACAUCAACUCUAAUGCUGAUAGAACAGUUCAGGAAAUACUGGGGAGUGUAAUUCUUGCGUCGCUUAUAGGAGGAGGAGGAUUUGACUGAAUCAACUUAGCUAUAAGUCAACGUCAGACGCGUAGACGAUAUUACAAAUUUAUAAAAAAGUAGACUUUUAUUUAAGUAUAACGUUUAUGUUCUUUAUGAUUAUUUCUUUAAAACAUUCAGAUUGCCCCACUGUAGAACCAACCUGGGUAAGGGCGCCCCCUUGUAUCGAUGUAGGUAAUACGUACAUAUAACGACGUCAACGACCAUGGCAUCGACAUCUUCUGGAUUCAGACCGUUCAUUCAAGAAAAAUGCAUGAGCUACCUGAAGUUGUGUGAUAGCUAAUGGCUAAAUAAGGAACUGUAGCCAAAUUUUAUUUUUACUGAGUUAUUAUUUCACUAGGUAUUUGGAUUAUUUUGUUAAAAAUUGUUUUUUUCUUCUAUGUGUAACUACCUAGA